AUGGAUGAACUAGACAAGCUCCUAACAUAUGAAUAUAUCAGAGAAUAUUUAUUCAAAAAUAACAGAUAUGAUAUAGCAUUAGGAGAGUAUCAUAAGAUUUUAAAAUGUAGAGAAGGAAAAGAGGGACAUAACAAAAAGUAUAGUUCUUUUGAUUUGAAUGUUUUAACAUUGUAUGAUGAAUUGGUUGAUGUAUUUCGAUAUAAUAAUUAUUCUAUAAAAAAAUGUGAAUUUACAUUUUUAAAAAUAAGUAGGAAUACAUAUCAAGGACGUUCUAAUAUAUCUUUUGAGAAAAACGGAUCAGAAAUAAAAACAACAAAUAAAGGAAACAAAAAAUAUGAAAACAAUGGAGUAGAAAUAUCAACAAAUACUCCUUCACGAAACAAGAAUAAUAAUGAAAAAUAUAAAGAAAAUGAUGAUUCUAAAAAAAAAGAAAUAAAUUAUAAUUGCAUAGUAGAUGGUAAUAAGGUUUCAAAUAUUAAAGAUGUAUUAAAAGACACAUUUGAUGCUUUAAUAUUUUAUAUGAUAGGUAAAUAUAAUAUAAAAUUGAGAAUGAAUCAUUCAUAUAAAAUUCAGGAAAUAUCUAAUUAUUCGAUAACAAAUGAAGAAGUUUUUAAAUUUUUAAAAAAUGAUAAUUAUUAUAGAAUCGAUUUAAAUAAAUUACAAUAUGACAUUAAUGAUUAUUCAUAUUUAUUUUACAAAAAUAUUACACAAUUUAUUGAUUUUUUCAAAUAUAUGAAAGACAUACAUUCAUGUGCAUAUUUAAUAUCUUUAUUAAUAAGAAUAAUAGCUGAUAAAAAUAAAAUUCAAAAAUAUAGUUCUCAAUUAUUUUUUUGUAAAAGAAAUGAUGAAUGUAUAUCUAAUCUUUAUAUAAAUUAUGUUAAACAAAAUCAAGACAACUUUCAAAAGAUAUUUUUUAAUAGUAAAUUAGUAAAUAUGCAUAACAUUAUUGCAUCUAAAAUUUCGUUAAUAGAAGAAGUUAAAAAAAAAAUCAUACAUCGAAAAGAUUUAAUAUAUCCAGAUGAACUUGUAAUAUGUUCUUUCGUUAAAUCUUUUUACAAUUUCAAACCCUUGAGUAAUGAGAAUGAGAAUAAUAAAAAAGAAUUAAAUUUCCAAAAAAACAAAAUGCUCUCUAACAAUCAAGCUAUUACUACCACUAGUGCUAAUCAUAACAAUAAUAAUACAUUUUCAACAUCUUAUAAUCAAGAUCUUCAAAAUAAAAAAACAAAAAAACAACUUUCAAACGAAAUAGAAUUCAAGGAAGAAUCAAUAGUUGUAAAAAAUGGUGAUGAUAAUAUAAAUUAUUCCAAUAAACAAAUUAUGCAAAUAAAUAUAGAAAAUGAUAUUAUUGAUAAGGAUAAUUUAGAAAGCACAGUUGCUAGCUCAAUUAAUAAUAUACAUAGUAUCACGGAUAUAAAUAAUACUGAAUAUACAUCAAAUGAAUUAAAAAAAAUACAAAAAAAAAAUAAUUCUACUAUUAUAGAUGCUAUCGAAAAUAUAUCCCCACAAGAAACUCCAAAUAUCACAAAUGAUGCUAAUGAUAAUUUGACUCAAAAUAAUUCAAAAAAUAAAAAUAAUAAUGAAAUUCUCAAAACAAAUAUUGAAGAAGAUAAAAAAAGUGAAUCAACAACAAAAAGUGAUAAAAACAAAUUAUCAUGUUAUGAAAUUUUAAAAAAAAGAAGUAUUAUUCGGUGUUCUACUAGGCUGUCUUCUAAAAAUAUGUCUAAAGAUGACACCAAAUAUUUAUCGAUUAUGCAAAACAAAAAUAAUAACAAUCAUAAUAGUAGUAAUACUAGUAGUAAUAACAAUGCUACCCGCCAUAGAAAUAAUAACAAAUUUAAUAAUCAUAACAACCAUGUUGGAAAUAAACGGAAUGAGCAUAAACACACAAACAAUAUUUCAAACAAUAAGAAUUAUAAUACACAUAAUAGUAUUAAUAAAGAGGAAUCAAAAGAUGGUGAAAAAAAGACAAAUACUAACAAUAAGGUUUGUGUAGAAAAUGGAAAAAAACGCCAUUCAAAUGAGAUAGAAAUAAAUAUAAAUCCGCAAAAAAAUGAUAAAAAAAAUGAUAAAAAAAAUGAUAAAAAAAAUGAUGAAAAAAAUGAUAAAAAAAAUGAUAAAAAAAAUGAUGAAAAAAUGAAUGCCGAAAAAAAGGACCACAUAGACAACAGAGAAAAAUCAAACAUUGAAAAGGAACAAAGUGAAAUAAAUUCUAAAAAAAAGGAUAAAAGUACAGAUAAAAAAAAAAAUGAUAAUGAACAAAAUGGUGGAAAAAAUAGUGGAAAAUCUGAUGAAAAAUCUGAUGAAAAAUCUGAUGAAAAAUCUGAUGAAAAAUCUGAUGAAAAAUGUGACGAAAAAGAUGAUGGAAAAAAAACAAACAAUUAUAAAAAAGAUGAUAAAUAUUUAUCAUUUAAUAAAAGAAGUAUCAUAGAUUCAUAUGAAGAAACUGCUGAAUCCGAAGAUACAUAUGACACAGACGAUUUGUGUGAUUCUAAAAAUUCUGAAAGUGAUGAAGAAAAAAUAGGGAAAGAAAAAAAAAAUGGUGAUACUAUUGAACAAGAUUAUAUAUUUAACAAAAAAGAAAAAAUAUAUAAUAAAAAAAUAAUAAAAAAGAAAAAAAUAAAACGUGAUAAAUAUUGUGAAAAUGAAUUUUCAACAGAUGAUUUCAGGGUUUAUAACAAUUGGGAUAAUAGAAAUGGACAUAAUAAUAUAAGUAAUAAAAAAAAUAAAAAAUAUAUUUUUUCAAAAAAUGUAUACACAAAAACCAUAGAUAAUCAUUAUGAUAAAUAUAGAAAACAAAAAUAUAUAUAUGAUAAAUAUAUGAGAAAUUCUAAUUAUAAAGAAAGAAUAUCAGAUAUAAUAAAUAUAACCAAUUUUCCAUUUUGGGAUAAAAUAGCAAAUUUUUCAAAUUCAAAUGAAUUUACAAAUAUAUCAGAUUUUCAUUAUAUGAUUAAUAUGAAUAAUAUCAAUAAUAGAUGUAAAUGUAAUAAUAUAAUAAAUGAUCAUAUGUGUCUAAAUUCGGGAAAUUAUUUUAAUGAUACUUGUAUUUUUAAUAAAGAUAAAAUAGGAAUGAAAAAAAGGAAACUAUUUGAAAAUAAUCAACAUGAAUAUAACUUGAAUAAAUCAAAUACACAUUUACGAUCCAGUUCUUUUAUUUAUAAUAAUAAAUACACACCUAAAUUUUAUACUAAUAAUGAAUUAUCACCAAAUAACAAAUAUAUAAAUUAUAAUGAUGAUGAUGAUGAUGUUGAUGAUGAUGUUGAUGAUGUUGAUGAUGAUGAUGAUUCUAUAUCUAUCAAGCAUAUAAAAAGACAUGUGAAUAAUAUUGGAAAAAAUAAAAAUAUAUAUAGAAAACCAAAUAAUAGUGAUAUAGAUGAAAAUAUUAAUAAAAUAAAAAAUAAAUAUACUAAAAGUGUUGAAAGUAAUAGUACCAUGGAUUAUGAAAUAAAUACAAAACAUAAAAAGAGUUGCAAAAGAAUUAAUAGUGAUUUUAGUGAUAAUAACUGGAUUAACAAAGAAAAUUACAGAAAUGCCAAUAAAUCAAAUAUUGAAAUGAUGGGGAAAAAUAAAAAAGAUGAAUAUUUUGUGAAUAAUAAUGAAAAAUAUACCCAAGAGUAUGGAGGAAGGAAAAAAAUAAAAAGACGCAAAAUAGUCGACAAAAAUGGUUCACCUCUCGAUAAAAAUGUCAAAAAUAAACAAUAUGACCCCAAAUAUGACCCCAAAUAUGAUUCCAAAUAUGACCCCAAAUAUGAUUCCAAAUAUGACCCCAAAUAUGAUUCCAAAUAUGACCCCCAAUAUGACUCCAAAUAUGACUGCCAAUAUGAAAUAAACAAAAGAGACUCAAACCCAAAUCAUAUACUGACACCUAUAUGUAAUAAAGUUCCUAUGAAAAAUGAAUUUUAUUCAGAAGAAGAAAAACAAGAAUUUGAUAAUAUUAAUAUUAUCCAAAGAAUAAAUAAAGAUUUUUGUUACCUGAACAAUAAUGAUAAAAUAAAUGUAAUUAAAAUAUUAUGUAGUUAUAGAGCAUAUUUAAAAAAAAUACUAAACUACGAAUAUAUGAAACAAGACUUUUCCUUUGAAGUUGAAACUUGUAUAUUUUAUCUAGAUUAUAUUAAUUAUAAUAAAAAAAAUCGGAAUAAUAGGAAAGAUUAUAUUUCUGAUAAAAUGAAUAAUCAAUAUGAUAACAACUAUAGUAGUACAAAUAGUAAUGUAGAUGAAAAUAAUAGAAAUAUAAACACCCGAAGCAGACAUAAUAAUGUUUAUUAUGAUAUAGACAGGUUAAAAAGAAAUAUUUAUCAAAAUAAACCAUACAAUAGUGAUAAAAUUAACGAUAAUAAUUUCUUGAAAAAUAAAACCAACAAAAAAGGGGAAGAACUAUUAUGCAAUUCUUUUAGCUUUUUAGAAAAUGAUAAAAAGAAAAAAUUAAUAAAAAAAAUAGCAUCAUAUACUAAUAAAAUAAAAGCAUUACACCAAAUUAUUACAUCAUAUACUAAAAUAAAUUUAUUAAAUAUUGGAAAAAUUAAAAAUUAUAUACAGAUAGCCAAUUAUGUUAAAAAAUAUCCAUAUCAUUUUUAUUAUAAUGAUCAAAUAAUUGAUGAAGAAGAGGAAGCAAAUGACCAAGUCUUAUCCCAUUUUUCCAAAAUAGAAAAUGACAUACAAAAUGUUGAAAUAGACCAAAAUAAUGACAAAACAACAUUUGAUUUGUUCAAAUAA